AUGUUUAGAUGGCUUUUGUUGUCUCUUUGGUCAGAAGGUAUUAAGAAUUUUGCUUGGAUGAAUCAAGCUUUUCUUGCUAAAACUGGUUGGCGAUUAUUGCAACGUGAGCAAGGUCUUUGGGCUCAAGUGUUUAAUGCAAAGUAUCUACGGCAUUGCGAUAUCCUUGCUGCUAAGGAUCUGCAAUUCCAGAGUAGCUUCAAUGUUUGGAGGGGUAUUUUAUAUGGUGCUCAAGUUCUUUCUGCAUGUAUUAAAUGUCGUGUGGGAUCUGGCAAUGAUAUCUUGUUCUGGACUUAUAGAUGGCUUAGUUGUGGUCCUUUGCAGCAAUUUGCUCUAAUUGAUUUAUCUGAGGACAUGCUUCAAUUGAAUGUUAGUAACUUUUUGGAGGAUAGGGUUUGGGAUUUCAAUUGCUUAGUGGAAUGUCUGCCUAUGAAUAUUGUCAACUUGAUUCUUAGUACUCAUGCUGGGUAUAAUGAUGAGGGUAAUGCUAAUUGGAAAUGGAAUUUUAUUUGGAAGCUUCAUGUUCCACCAAAGGUUAAGACCUUCCUCUGGGUUCUGUGUCAUAAGAAGUUACUUAAGAACGCUCAAAGAUUGAAGAGAAAGCUCACUAAUGCUGUUGUUUGUCCUAGAUGUGAUUGUCCUUUGGAAUCAUGUGCGCAUCUCUUUAAGGAUUGUACUGCCACUCUUGCUAUUUGGAAUAGACUUGGGAUUGGGGGAGUGGAGUCUGAUCAGUUGAUGGAUGAUUAUUGUGCUUUGGAGUGGUUUUCAGGUUGUAAUUCAAUGGCUAUUCUCCUUGAGCGUAGUGUUGUUCAUCUCUAUUGGAUGGCCCCUCUUCUUGGUAUUUGUAAAAUCAAUACUUAUGGUAGCAAAAUUAAUUCCUCUGGUCUUAUUGGGGCUGGGGGUUUGUUAAGAGAAUCUUGUGGGAGUUGGAUCAAGGGUUUCUCUAUGAAUCUAGGCUAUGGUUCCAUCGUUGAGGUUGAGUUAUGGGGGCUCUUUUGGGGGCUUAAUAUGGCUUGGGAUGUUGGUUUUCGCACGAUGAAGAUUGAGUGUGAUGCUAUUCUGCUGUGGCUUUGUUAA